GACAUAUAUAAUGCUGUUCAACGGUUCAAAUCACCAUCUCUUGAAAAAAUAAAGAAUGAUACUAUAGAAACUUUGCAUCGUUUAUUAGCUUUAAAAACAGAGGAUCCUCAAUGGGUGGUAGUACCUAAAAUUGAUGAAGGAAACAG